UUUUAUUGCGUUUAGUACGGACUUGAAUUCGCUGCCAAUCUCACGCCAUUUUAUUUUAUAUUAUAAAUUUUAUUAUAAUUGAAAAAGUGUAAAUAUAGUGAUUCUGUUAAAGUUCUGGUGCUUUGAAAUUUAGUUGAGAGUAUUUUGUGAUAUUUUUUUGGAAAUUUCAAAACACCAAGAGUGUAAUAUAGGAGUCGAACCGAUGGAGCGUUGGACCGUGGGCCAUUGUGAGCAAGUAUAAAUGGAGGUAGUGUGCCAGCUGGGCGUGCGAGACAUGGGAUAUUUCACGUCCUAAGUGCGCACUCGCCACUCCCUGGGUAUUAUUGCAGACCAAAUUCAAAAUGACGGACACCAAGAAGAGCUCAAUCGCCGGACAAGGCCAAACCCUGGAAGACAUGAAGCAGAAUAUGGAGCAGAAAGAAAACGAGCUGAAAGUAGAUGUACAAAAGGAUGCGAAAGACGUGAAGAAGCUAAGAGCUUGUGCGAAAGCCGUCGGCAUCGCGUUCAGCGUGAUCACUGUAGUCACUGCACUCCUAGCGAUAUCCCUAAUCGCCGUAUCGACGAUGUCGGCCGUGGCAGCAAGCGCCAUGGACGCCCAGGACGACUCGGGGCGUCUGGUGGCGCUAGUGGUAUUGGCGGUCACGGCUGCGGUCACCAUCGCGAUAGUCGUUUAUGCGCAAAUUGCUACGUGUACGAAGAAGAUUAGGCCGAUAUUUGUGGCGACGAUAGUGCUGUCAAUCCUCAUUGUAAUCCAGGGCAUCAUCGCCGGCGCAUCCGUGCGGGUGUCGCCGAAAGACGCAGACCAUAUACAGCAGUCGCUGAAAGAUUCCUUCGACUUGGCAGCCAAGCAGCACAGUCCAAGGCAUGUCAAGAUGUGGGCUACGACACAGUCUACUUUCCACUGCUGCGGAUUCCAAUCCCCCUACGACUACACCCACAACGGGCUACAAACGCCCGAUGUGCCAAUUUCAUGCUGCCCAACCUAUGACUCGGAGCGCUCAGACCUGCUUCAAGAGAAGGAGCGGUUCAUGUGCAAGGACAGAAGAGAGUUCUUUGACACAGGAUGCAGCGGCGAUGUUCUGAUGUUCAUAUCAGAGACCGCUCAGUGGGUGUUCCAUGUUUCUACUGCCCUGUUGGUUUUUGAGUUGCUUUCGGUUGCGUUUGGAUGUAUUCUUGUCAAGAGGCGAAAAGAAUUAGCUAAAGCGAACGAGAAGGAAAAUCCCGACGACAAGGAAGCUAAAUGAUGAUCAUCUCACAACAAAACACCUUACAUAAUGUGCCAAACCCGCUAAAUAGCAUAAAAAACUGGCCAAGAUCUCGGAUUACUUGAAAUUACUAACUUAAUUUAUUUUUUAUUGCAAAUGUCAUUGUAGAAAUUUUCUUAUUUUACGAGUUAAAAAGUAAACUACAGUGCGACUUUAUACAAGAAUUUCAUUUAUUUCUUAAAAUAAAUUUUUGAGAUUAG